CUAGCUCACCUAGCUGACAAAGACAAACAGCAGUUGACUGUUGUCAUUUAGCAAUGGAAUGUCGUUAUUUUUUGGAGUUCAUUUUCUUAUCUGGAUAAAAAAUGAAUGGAGGAAUACAGCUGCAAGGCUGAAAAAUUUUCCAAGAUGCCCAAUCCUUUUAGAAUCAUUACUACUAGUCUACUACUACCUCUGAUAGGAAUUCAGAAGCAUAAGCGAGCAUAAGUUGCACCGGUGGUUAAAAUCAUAUCAACCUGUUUUCAACAAUGGGUUAGGAGAAAUUGUAACAAGUUUAAUUACAUUUCAUAGCUGAGAAUAUUGCUAAUAUGGCUGUCAUCAUCAAAGAAGCUAUUUCUGGCUGCAAUUUGGAAGUGAUCAUAUCUUUCAGUGAUAUAAUAUGGAUAAGUAUAACAUGGAAACGUAUGAUGAAGAUGAUCUUUAUUCUGGAUUCAAUGAAUUUCAUCCUACACUGAACACAUCUAGCCUCAUUCAAGACUCCCUAUCUAGAGAUGUUAAAAACCAGCAGUCAAUGCUACAGAUGCAGCAAUCAAGAGUGGUUACAGCAUCUCGUGGUGGGGUUCCAACUGCAGUUGCCAGACCAGUAACUGCAAUUCGUGGAGCAGGAUAUACUUCAUCAAGAUUGGCAACAGCCAGUCAGGUCUACGAUCCUUUGAAUCAAUCUGGCAGGGUUACAACACCAUUUUCAGAACCUAAAGCUGUUGAUCCGCCAGAAAAGCAGAUGAAAAUGCUGGAAAGUAGCAUACAACAAAUUAUAGAAGAAUCAAUUGUGGCUCACAGUAAAGAGGAAUUUAGAGUGGCACUAGACAAGGCCAAAGAAGCGGUCAAUAAAGAACGAAGUCUUAUACGUCAAAAGGAGCAAUCCGGCAUGGGGGAAUCGAAUAGCGACCUCGCUUUCAUGGUGCUGUUCAACCUAGCGAAUCAGUACGUCGGUAACGGACUGUUUUCAGAAGCCAUGUCGUCCUAUCAGCAGCUAAUUAAAAAUCGUUCUUUCGCCAACAUCGGUCGACUGCGACUCAAUACCGCCAAUUUACAUUUUCGUCUGGGACAGUACGCGCUCUCACUCAAGCAGUAUCGAAUGGCUUUAGAUCAAGUUCCGGCUCACUUUACAACAUUAAGGACGAAAAUAAUGCAGAACAUUGGCUUGCUGUUUAUCAAAAUGGGGCAGUACAACGACGCCUGUACGAGCUUCGAAUUUGUUAUGCAAGAAAAGCCCGACUUCAAAACUGGUUUACACAUGGUGCUCAGCUACUACGCCUUGGCAGAUCGGGAAAAUAUGCGCAAAUCGUUCCUUCGCUUGCUGGACGUUCGUGCCGAGUCGGACGAUUUUGAUAAACUGGUGCCGGAGGGUGACGCCCAGUGGAAUUCGUUGCGUGAAGCGUUGAAUAACGAUUCGUUACACCGUUUGGAGCGUCAGGCCAAAUUUGAAGGUGAAAGGUGCAUAUUGAUGGCCGCCAAGUUAAUCUCGCCUGUGAUCGAAGAUACUUUUAGUGUUGGCUACCAGUGGUGCGUCGAGGCCAUCAAAGAGUCAACCCACAAUCAUCUGGCAGACGAUUUGGAGAUCAAUAAAGCCGUACUCUUUCUACGCCAAAAGGACGUGGCCCUGGCUACCGAAACGCUGAGGAGCUUUGAAAAACGAUCCAGCAGAAUGGCUACCAACGCAGCUGUCAACCUGUCGACAAUUUAUUACCUACAAGGUGACAUAGCCAGCGCUGAAAAAUACGCCGAAGUGGCUAGAGAUUCGGAUCCUUACAAUGCGGCCGCCUUCGUCUGCUUAGGCAAUUGUUCACUCCGCCGAGCGGAUUACAAUAAAGCUCGCGAUUUUUUCCUUUUCGCUUUGGAUAAUGACGCUGCUUGUGUGGAAGCCCUGUACAAUCUCGGUCUGACGUACAGAUCAACAAACCAACUUGAAAAAAGCCUGGAACAAUUUGUCAAACUGCAGAUGGUCCUGCGUCAUCAGCCCGAAGUUCUUUUCCAGGUCGCCAGUCUCAACGAGGAGCUCGGCAACGACGAACAAGCGAUUGAAUGGUAUUUGCAGGUCCAUACGGUCGUGCCGUCCGACGAAGGCGUUCACCAGAAACUAGGCGAAACGUUCGAUCGCCUAGGAGACAGGCAACAGGCUUUCCAAUAUUAUUCAGAUUCCUAUCGUCACUACCCGUCGAAUUUGGAAGUCAUUCGCUGGUUGGCGGCCUAUUUCACGGAGAUGCAUGUCCCUGAGAAAGCCAUUGCCCUGUACGAACGUGCCGGACAAAUGCGACCCAACGAAGCUCAGUGGCCCUUGGCAGUGGCGAGCUGCACUCAGCGAGUUGGAAACUACCAUAAAGCGCUGCAGAUUUUGAAGAGCACUCGCUCCAAGUUCCCCGAGAAUAUCGAGUGUUUGAGGGCCCUGAUCCGGUUGUGCACGGACCUCGGUCUCAAGGAGGCGGGCGACUAUGCAUCCGAUUUACGUAAACUGGAGCACAGCCAGAACGAAGCGAGUCAGGAGAAUAAGCGAACUGGCACAAGCGUGACCUAUAGCAGCGGGAGGGGAUCACGAUUGAGUUCAGCGGCUAGCGGAAUCGACACCAUUCUGAAAAGCCAACCCACUUCGGCGGAAUCGCUGUCUAAUAAACCGACUAGUUCCUACCAAACGACUCCCAUCGACACGAGUUACCAGGAUCAACUGGGCCCACUGCAGGAGCGUCCGAAAACCAGCCGCCGGCUGAUGACUGUCGAAUCGGAUGAUCUGGAUGUGGGCAGCGAUCUGUUGCCUCUUUGAACACAGCCCAGCCUCUGUGCAGUGCACUCUUCCUGAUUUUGUAAUCUGGGAGGAGGGGGGGAAAGAAGAAAAGAGGAUGCGAACUGUUUAUCUCUCUACACGCACUCCGGGUAAUUGUUUUCCGGUCCAUUGAUUGUGUAAUCACCCGGCACGACUUCAUUCCGCUAAACUGAAAAGAAAGCGAAAAACCUAUAAAAGUUUACGCUGGAACGUUGUGUACUUGCAUAACGCUGUACAAAUUUACAACAAUAAAAAGAAAAGUGGGGGCAACACAGUUUGUCUCGCUAAAAUUAGUCGGAAA